AGCGCGCGCCUCGGAAUCGCCGCAGCCGCCCAAGCCUUCGGCGGCUGCUCCGCGGACGGCUCCACAAACUAAGCCUCUGUGGCUGGGUGCGGGAGCGCUUCGGGGACAAAAGCCUUCCGUUUUCUGUGGUCUGCGCACUCUCACCCUCCCGUGGGCAAAUCCGGGGCGGCAAGUGUUAGCGUUUCCAUUGCGCUGUAGCCCGGGAGGUAGGAGGAGGCCGAGCCCCGGGCGGAGUUCGGGCUGACUGGGGCCUGUACCGGGCGAGACGCCGCCGCUGCCGGGAUGUUGCGAUGGCUGAUCGGGGGAGGCCGAGAACCUCAGGGACUGGCCGAGAAAUCUCCUUUGCAGACAAUAGGUGAAGAACAAACCCAGAACCCCUACACUGAACUGCUUGUACUGAAAGCUCAUCAUGAUAUUGUACGAUUUUUGGUACAGUUGGAUGACUACAGAUUUGCAUCUGCUGGUGAUGAUGGAAUUAUAGUUGUGUGGAAUGUCCAGACAGGAGAAAAACUUUUGGAACUCAAUGGACACACUCAAAAGAUAACAGCUAUUAUUACAUUUACUUUCUUGGAAUCUUGCGAAGAAAAAAAUCAACUCAUCUUGACAGCCUCUGCUGAUAAAACAGUUAUUAUAUCCUUAAAUGUGGAAGAAAGUAAAAUAGCUACAGUGACCCAAGGAGACACUACAUACAUUAUUAAUCUUUAUGAAUGCUUGAGUUUCUAGACUGACACACAUUUCAAAUCGAUUUUGCAGUGUUUGACUGUUCUUCAGAGACUAGAUGUUUGGCUGUCUGGUGGGAAUGACCUGUGCGUGUGGAACCGAAAAUUAGAUCUCCUGUGUAAAACCAGUCACCUUUCUGAUACAGGAAUCACUGCUUUGGUUGAAAUACCCAAGAACUGUGUUGUAGCAGCAGUUGGCAAAGAACUGAUAAUUUUCAGGUUGGUAGCACCCACAGAGGGAUCACUAGAAUGGGAUAUUCUUGAAGUUAAGCGCCUCCUCGAUCACCAGGAUAAUAUUCUGUCAUUGGUUAAUGUCAAUGAUCUGAGUUUUGUCACUGGCUCCCACGUUGGAGAGCUGAUCAUCUGGGAUGUCCUGGACUGGACCAUGCAGGCGUAUGAACGAAACUUCUGGGACCCAUCUUCACAACUGGACGCCCAACAAGAAAUAAGGCUCUGUCAAAAAUCAAACGACAUUUCUAUUCAUCAUUUCACAUGUGAUGAAGAGAAUGUAUUUGCUGCAGUUGGAAGGGGUUUAUAUGUGUAUAACCUUCAAAUGAAGCGUGUGAUUGCCUGCCAGAAAACCGCCCAUGACUCCAAUGUCCUGCACAUCGACAAACUUCCAAACAGGCAGUUAAUCUCAUGCUCAGAAGAUGGCAGUGUACGCAUUUGGGAGUUACGAGAAAAACAGCAGCUUACAGCUGAACCUGUACCAACAGGUUUUUUUAACAUGUGGGGAUUUGGAAGAGUGAACAAACAAGCCAGCCAGCCUGUUAAAAAACAGCAAGAAAAUGCCCCUUCAUGUUCACUGGAGCUUAUUGGAGAUUUGAUUGGACACUCAUCAUCUGUGGAGAUGUUUCUGUACUUUGAAGAUCAUGGACUAGUGACAUGCUCUGCUGAUCAUCUCAUUAUUUUGUGGAAAAAUGGACAGCGAGAAUCUGGAUUGCGCAGUUUAAAAUUAUUUCAAAAAUUAGAGGAGAACGGUGACCUGUACCUUGCUGUCUAGUUUAAGGAAUUAGGAGUACUUGUGCAUGAACCUUGAACAUCACAUACAGGGUAAUAUUCUGAAAACCAUAAAUAUAUCAAUCACUUAAAUUUGUAA